AUGGGCACCUCGAUAAUUAACAUCCAACGCGACAUUAUACUCAACACGAUCCGCAAUGCCGGCGGCCACGACUGGAAAGUCCUGGUAGUGGAUGAGACCAGCAGAAAAUUGAUUGAGAGUGCUGCAAAGGAAGAGGAGAUUCUCAAUCUCAAUGUCUCCAACAUCGAGCAGAUCGAGCACCGGCGGCCGUCCAAUACCGACAUGGACGCGGUGUAUAUCUUGUCGCCGGAGUCCUACAUCGUGGAUUGCCUGAUGGCAGAUUUUGAGGUGGGGCGAUACAGGAAAGCGUUCCUGGUGUGGACGUCAUUCCUCGAUCCGCAGCAGAGGGCUCGGAUUGACCGAUCCCAGAUGGCGCGUGAGCGCAUCGCGGAAUUCCACGUUAUGAACAUCAACUUCUACCCUCGAGAAUCACACCUCAUCACAUUCAAAGACCCUUGGAGCUUCCCGGUCCUCUUUCACCCCGGCUGCAACAAUUUGAUCCGACCCCACUUGGAGGAUUUGGCUCAAAAGAUCGUCUCGCUUUGCGCUUCGCUGGGUGAAUACCCUAUCAUUCGGUACUAUCGACCACGGUCUCCUACUCACGAAGCUGGUGUUAUGUGCUCGCACUUGGCUCGUUUCAUUCAGAAUGAGAUGGAUCAAUUCGCGCAAUUCCAACGCGAUUUCCCACCCCAAACAAACCGUCCUCGGGGAGUGCUCAUUGUAGUGGACCGCUCUAUGGACCUUUUCGCUCCUCUCCUGCACGAGUUCACAUAUCAGGCCAUGGUUCAUGAUUUGCUGCCAAUCCAGGAUGGGGAUAAGGUAACUUAUAAAACAGUGAUCAACGCAGGCGGCAAGAACGAGGAAGUAAAGGAAAUGGAAAUUGGAGAAGACGAUCGUGUCUGGGUGGAUUACCGCCAUAUGCAUAUGAAGGACGUGCUUGGGAAACUGGGUGAGGAUUUCGCCAAAUUUCGAGCAGCAAACCCUCAGUUCGCCGAUGAUAACGCCAAGCAAAGUGUUAACACUAUCAAGGACAUGUUGGCUGGACUCAGAGAGUUCCAAGAAGGAAAGAAUGCCUACACCUUGCACCUCAACAUGGCGCAAGAAUGUAUGAAGUAUUUCCAGGACCGCAAGCUUUUGGAAGUAAGCUCCAUCCAGCAGUCCUUUGCCACAGGCCUCGACGAAAACUACAAAAAAGCAAAGAAUCUGGCAGCGCAACUGGUACAGCUCCUUGACGACAACUCGGUCGUGCCCCCAGACCGACUUCGCCUACUGCUCCUGUACAUCAUCUACCGCGGUGGACUUCUCAGUGGUGAUAUUCGCAAACUCAUGGCGCAUGCCGGACUCCCUUCACAAGACGGCAAUGUCAUCGCCAACCUUGAGCUCCUGGGCGUGCGAGUAGAAAAGCCUCUUCGCGACGAAAAGCCACCAGUGCAACCUCUCUUCAACCGACGAAACCCAGUCCCCGAAUCGGAGGAGCUAAGCUUAAGUCGAUAUGACCUGGCUAUCAAGCAGAUGCUUGAAGAGCAAAUCCGAGGCACCCUAGACCCAAACGUCUUCCCCUUCACGCGGCCGCAUACCGAGGCAGAUAGCGCCUUGGCAGCACAGGAAAUGAUGUCCCAGCAGGCAUCUCUGCGCAGCGCUAAGCCGACCUGGGCACGCACCAGAUCCGUCGACCAACCCCGUCAGCGCAUCAUCGUCUUCAUGGCCGGCGGCGCCACCUACGGCGAGUCACGCGCCUGUCAUGAAAUCUCAUCGACAUAUAACAGGGACGUCUUCCUCGCCACGACGCACAUGUUAAGCCCCGGCCUCUUCCUGCGCCAAGUGGGUGACCUCAGCGUCGACAGACGCCGUCUCGAUCUGCCAAUGGAGCGGCCCAAGCCCACCGCUCCGGCCCACCUCUUCGAGCGCGAAAAGCCCCCAACCCCUACACCCCCGCCGCAACAGAAGAAGAAGCCUGUGCCUACAGCGCACCUGAACCCUCCUGCUCCACCAGAAGCGCUGAUGGCUGGUAUUUCCAUCAACUCGAAUGGAAGCAGCCCUGCAUUAGCCGGCAGCGGAAAGAAAGACAAAGAAAAGGAGAAGAAGGAAAAGAAAGACAAGAAAUAUCGUUUCUUCAAGUAG